CUUUAAGCCACAUGCUUUCUGCCUCUAAUUAGUGCACCUCGGCCUCAGGGACCCUUUAAAAUGGAUCUAGAAGAUGACACCACUAUCCUAACAACCUUAAAGUCCUUUAAUACUUUCAUCAGUCGCCCUGAACAUUCACAGCGUCCAUCUGAGCAGUCACGGAGCGGGACCUUGCAGUCUCACUACAAACGCAGCUUAGAGUUUUUGGAAGCAGCAGAGAGGGUUCAGUCUCAGCACCGCUACCUUCAGCUGGACCAAGAGAAGAAACAGAUGGAGCUGAGUCACAAAAGAGCUCGUUUUGAACUGGAGAAGGCAGCUUGUGACAACGCUCGGGAUUUGGAGCAUGAAGUGGACCGUAACCAAGGACUUUUAGGGCAAAUAAAAAAGUUGGAGGAGAGAGAGAAAGAAGCAACGAAAAACCUCUCAGAGCAGUUGGAAGAAAACUCUUCUCUCCGCAAGAACCUGGAUGGGCUGAAGAAAAGGCUGGAUGAGCGAGAUACUAAACUGUCUACAGCCAACCAGACCAUCACUGCUUUAAAGGAUGAGAUUAGAGAUCUAAGGCAGAAGAUUCAAAACCAAGACUCAAGCAUUUCCUCCCAAACACUGGAAAACCAGGAGCUACAAGAACAGCUGGAUUUACAGCGCAGAAAGUAUCAAGAAGCUUCUCAACUUUGCCAAACUCUCCAAGCUGCACAGUCCUCAUGCUCAGAGCAUAUAAUCAAGAUUAAGGAGCUGGAGAGACGGCUUGCCCUGCAGGAACAAGAUAUGGCUAUUGUGAAAAUUAUUCAGUCUGAGGCGGCAAGAGUUCCAGAUUUGGAAAAGGAGCUUAAAUAUGUCAAGGAAGAAAACUCUUUCCUCAGGGAGAGUAGAGAAAAUUGUAGCCUGUUGAAAGAAGAGGUGGAAGGGCUGAGGAAAAAGCUGAAGAGAAUGGAGAAAAACAAAGAGGAGCUGGUCAAUAUAGAAUUGGAGAAAGAGAAACUGGCUGAGAAGCUCCAGACCUGGGAAAACAUUGGACUGUCUACAGGACUUGACAUAAGGAAACCAGAGGAUCUGUCCAGGGAGGUGAUUCAGAUCCAACAGAGAGAAAUUGCUCUGAAAGAGCAGAGCUGCACACUCAGCAGCCGUGUGAGAAGUUUGGAGCGAUCCCUGUCUGACCUACAAGCAGAGCUGACCCAGCAGUGCAGCAAGGCUCUGGAGGAGCAGAAGAAGAGAGAGGCUCAAGAUUCUCUCGUCCGACGUCUCCAAAAACGAGUACUUUUGUUAACCAAGGAGCGUGAUGGCAUGCGUGCUAUAUUGGAAUCUUAUGACAGUGAACUGGCAUCAAAUGAGUACUCUCCUCAACUCAGCAAACGAGUCAGAGAAGCAGAAGAAGUUAUGCAGAGGACACAAACUUACAAUACAGAGAUGGAGGCGCAGCUUACCAAGGCACAAGAGGAGACAGGGGAACUGAAACUAAAGCUACAGAAAGUGGAGUUUGAAUUGGACAAUGUAAAGAAGGAGCUGACCUCUGCAGCUGACGGCAGCUCUUUAGUGAACAAAGAAGAGGUCAACAUACUGAGGCAAAAAAUUGAGGACUUAGAGAAGGAGAGACAGCGUUUGGAGGAGCAGAAUAAUAUUUUGGAAAUGAGGCUGGAGAGACACAACCUGAAGGGAGACUAUGAUCCUGUCAAGACCCGGGUCCUCCAUCUCAAGAUGAAUCCCGCCAGGGAGGGCAAGCAGCAGCGUCAGCAGGAAGUGGAGGCUCUUCGAGAGGAAUUAACUCGUCUUAGGGAACUUGUGCGUUCCUUCCAGGAAGGAGGAAUGGUCUCAGAUGAGUCCAGCAGUCAUAAUCCUGGUCUGAGUUUCAGUUUGCCCCCAUCCAAAGAAGUGCUGGAGUUACGUAAGCAGGUGGAGAGCUCCGAGCUGAAGAACCAGAGGCUAAAGGAAGUGUUUCAAAAAAAGAUUCAAGAGUUCCGCACAGUCUGCUACGUCCUGACUGGUUACCAGAUAGACCUCACCACCGAGAACCAGUACAGGCUCACCUCAGUCUAUGCAGAACACAUGCAUGACUCUCUACUCUUCAAAAAGGUAUGCAAAAUUACAGUGCAAACUGAGUCCAUAAUCAAGCUAACAUUUUAUUAUCACUGA